AUGCAGCCCUUUCAUCUAACUGCCACUGGGUAUAAUCUCAACUAUCUCCCGGAAUAUAUUGCCCUUCGACAUGGCUUCUUCCGGGAACAGGGGCUUGAUGUGACAGUCAAGAUUCCUACACCCUGGGAUGGAGUGCUCGACGAGCUCGCCGAUGGUUCCGCAAUGAUGUGCUUAGGAGGAAUUUGGGUGCCGUCGAUGUAUCGUGGAAGGGUGCAGAACUACACCGUAUUCGCGCAGAUUGCGAAUCGGUGUCCUCUCGCCUUGAUCCGACGUACCAGCGAUAAAAGCUUCAGGCUGCCCGACUUGGCGGGGCGUACUAUCCUGAUGAAGUCCGGUGGCGGGGCCAGCGUUGGCCUCUUCUUCAAAAUGCUACUUCGUGAGAAUGGCAUCGAUGCGAGAUCUGUUGACUAUAUCCAGGAUCUAGACGGCGUAAUGCUGGGUGAUUUAUUUCAAGGUGGCAUGGGUGAUUAUUUUGUCACAGACAACCUUUCUGCUCAGGCCAUGGUCGCGCGUAAUCCUGACGUGACUAUUGCCAUGCAGAUGGUCACGCAAGGAGACAUCCCCUGGAGCGUUUAUUACCGGGAAACCGCAACAAUUACUCCAGAAAUUCUCGAAGCACAGAGGCGAUUCUGCAUUGCCCUUCAGAAGGGUAUAGACUGGGUUCUCCAGCACAAGGCGGAAACCUUCCAGGACGAACUGGCUGAGCUUUUUCCAAAUCUUCCAAUUGACGUCGUCGUGACCGUUACCAAUGAUUUCCGAAAGAGCGGGAUGUGGACGACCACUUCUGUACCUCGCGAGGGCUACGAUCGCUGGCAGCUAGGACUGCGCGAUGCGCGUCUCAUUACAGAGCCAAUCGUCUAUGAGGAUCUUAUCGACAUCGCGCCCUCAGCCGCCGCGCAGUCUGUGACCAAAUCCUCGUGA